CCUCGCCUUCUUUCCUCAAUCCUCAACCGGAGCAGGGCAGAGCAGAGUGGAGCAGAGGAGGCCACUCAACAACUUCAGACUAGAGCAGAACAGCGGAGCAGAUCAGAUGGCACCUCCGUCGUCCUCGCCGGGCGUGCGUGUGGUCGACCGGAUCCGCGUCUCCCCGCCGCCGCCGUCCAAUUCUGCGCGAGAGCCGGCGCUCCCGCUCACCUUCUUCGACGUGGCCUGGCUCUUCACCGGCCCCGUGGAGCGUCUCUUCUUCUUCCGACACCCGGACCCGGCCUCCGUGCUCCCGCUGCUACGCUCCUCUCUCUCCGUCACGCUCCGCCGCUUCUACCCGCUCGCCGGCACCAUCAGGCCCCACCCGCCGUUCCUCUGCUCGUACACCCCUGGCGCCGACGCCCUCACCUUGGUCGUCGCCGAGUCCGACAGCCCCGACGACUUCGACCGCCUCGUCGCCAGGUCGCCCAGGGACCUGGCCGGGAUCCGCCCGCUCGUGCCGCAGCUGCCGCCGCCGGGGGAGGACGGGGCGUUCUCGCUCGCCGCCGUGCAGGCCACCGUCUUCCCCGGCCGGGGGAUCUGCCUCGGCGUCUCCGUCCACCACGCCGCCUGCGACGACACCUCCACCAUGCACUUCGUCCGCACCUGGGCCGCCGCCUGUCGCCUAGGCCUCGAGAGCGACGAUGGAUCCGAGGACGCCGCGCUCCCGCCGCCCCCGGUGCUGUACCGCUCCCUCGUCGCCGACCCCGACGACCUGCGUGGGAAGACGCUCGCCGGGAUGGCGCGCCUUGCUCCUCCUCCUCCGCCGCAGGAGGAGGAGGAGGAAGAGAAGGCGCCGAUGGUGAUGGCUUCGUUCCUGCUGCCGCGGCACCAGAUCGACCGCAUCAAGGAGGGGGCGGCGGCGAAGUCAGACGCGAAGCCGUCGUCUUUCGUGGCGGCGUCGGCGCUGGCGUGGGUGUGCCUCCUCAAGUCCGGAUCCUCGGGCGUCGCGGGCGCCGGGCGCAGCCACAUGCUCUUCUCCGCCGAGUGCCGGACCAGGCUGACGCCGCCGCUGCCCGCCGAGUACUUCGGCAACUGCCUGCGCCCCUGCUUCGUGGAGGCCGCCACGGCGGACCUCCUCUCCGGCGAGACAGCGGACGGCGUGGCUGCUGCGGCUUCGGCAAUCAGGAGCGCGAUCCGGGAGAUGGAGCAGGGCGUGCUGGAGGGCGCGGAGGGGUGGCUAGGCAGGGUGCUGUCGGUGCUUCCGGAGCGGCCCAUGUCGGUGGGCGGGUCCCCGAGGCACGGCGUGUACGAAACCGCGGACUUCGGGUGGGGCCGGCCGGCGAGGGUGGAGAUGGUGUCGGUGGAGAAGACGCCGGGCACGGUGGCGCUGGCGGACAGCCCGGAGGGUGACGGCGGCAUCGAGCUCGGGGUGGUGUUGCCGACCGACGCCAUGGACGCCUUCGCUUCCUGCUUUGCCGAUGCCCUCGGUGGCGCCACCAUCUGACUGGCAUUGCCGAUCGGAGGUGUAGUUACAUUCUUCAGCAGCACAAAACAAAGGUUGCAUCCAAGCAGCGUACUGGAAUCUGUGAGUUUUGUAUUUAAUUUGCUUUGCUGGUUGAGUCUGGAAGUAGUACAUCAUGUACUGCAAAGUGGAGUUAUAAGCUGCUUGUAACUUGUAAGCGGGUCGAAUUGUUCGAAAUCAAUCAAACAAACAUUAUGAAUGAA